AUGGAUCCCGAUGUCGAUGAGAUCGAUAUCGAUGAUGAUAUUGGCGACGAUGCUGAAAUAUUCAGCAUCGCCAAUGACUGCCAAAGUGAGGACGAUGACGCCCACACUGGUGAAGACAACGUUCUUUCAGCAGUGCACAUGAAGCGCACUGCUGUUGACAAGGAUGAAUCAGCAGAGGAAUUUCUGUUGACUCGCGAAGCGUUUGUCCGCUUCGCUCAAGACCAUAUUGCAGAUGCAAUAGACAAGCAGUAA